AUGUCUACAUGCUUAAGUGGACUGCCCUGGAUUGCUAGCGUUUGACGCUGUAGGCGAACCAGCAACAUUAGCCCAGAGAUGGACAACAUGGAAGGAAGAAUUCGAGCUAUUCGUUACCGCAUCGGGAAUAAGCGAUUCAACCCAGAAAAGAGCCCUUCUUCUCCACCUUGCUGGCCCGAAAGUGAGAGACAUUUUUAACAAUUCUAUACCCGAAGGCGCCCGAGGCGAAGCAAAGGACUACAAUAAAGCAAUGGACUGCCUUUCAGACCAUUUUAAAAUGAGAAAAAAUGUGCCUAUGGCUCGACAGGCGUUUAUCGCAGUGAAGCCGAACGUGGGCGAAACAAUUAACAACUUUAUAACACGACUACAGAAGCUAGCAGAACACUGUGACUACGGCGAGGAACGUGAUAAUCAAGUAAGAGAUCAUGCUAUUUCUUACAUUAAAGAUAAGAACUUAAAAUCGAAGUUAUAUCGUGAAGAAACAUUGACUUUAAACAAACUUAUGGAAAUAGUCGGCGAGUAUCAUGACCAAGAGGCGUUAAUCCUUUUGUCUGAUCGAGUAAACAACAUUCAAAUUAGUUCAAAGAACAAAGGACGGUGUUGGCGUUGCGACAAGGCGGGACAUUACGCAAGAGAAUGUCGAAGCUCGCGAGACCACAAGUGUGGAAAGUGUGGUAAAGUUGGGCAUUUCGAAGUCUGCUGCCAUUCAAGAAGCAAGCAACCCGAAACACGUCAAGGCACAAAUAAUCAAAGUACUCAUGUUGGUGGAAAUCGAGGAAGAAACAAGAAAAGAUCGGAUGUGCGUCAAGUUACAGAUGGUGAACUCCCUGCAGCCGUGCCGGAAAAGCAAGCAUACGACGGAGACUAUUACCACGUGUUCAGCGUUGAAGACAUAGAUGAAGAGAACUUUCUGGAAUUGAAGAUUGAAGAUAAGUUUGUUAAAAUUGUUAUUGACUCUGGUGCUAGCUGUAACUUAAUCUCGCAUGAAAUGCUAGAUUUUAUUACAGGGGGUAAAGUGAAUUUAUCACCUUGUGAUAAGAAAAUUUAUGCUUACGCAGCGGUUAAUCCAUUAGAGCUUGACGGGAAAUGUAAGCUUAACGUAUAUGUGCCUCAAACUAACCAACAAAUUUUGACCGAAUUCUAUGUUACAAGUGGGAGGGCAGUGACGUUGCUUGGUCGCAAAGCGUCUCAAACGUUGGGACUGUUAAAAAUCGGGGUAUCUCUGCAUAUUUCAACAGAAAGAAAAGCUGUCUUUAAAACAAAGGUUCCCCAAAGUUUUUCGAGGACUCGGUAAACUUAAGGGAUAUCAGUUAAAAUUCCACAUUGAUCCUGAAGUAGAACCCGUAGCCUAGCCUGUACGUAGAAUACCAUUUAGUUGCAGACCCAAAGUUGUACAGAAAAUAGAAGAGCUCGUCGAACUUGACGUAAUAGAAAAAGUAGAGGGUCCAACUAGCUGGGUUAACCCAUUAGUCGUAGUAGAAAAGCCAAAUGGGGACGUAAGAAUUUGUUUAGAUAUGAGACAUGCGAACAAGGCGAUCAAGAGAGAGAAACAUCCAGUUCCUACAGCAGAAGAAAUCUUACAAGAAAUCUCGGAAGCAAAGGUCUUCACCAAAUUAGACCUUAAUAUGGUGUUCCACCAAAUUGAGUUGCACCCAGACUUGAGGGACAUAACCACAUUCGCGGCACCAAACGGUUUAUAUCGAUACAAGAGGUUGAUCUUCGGGGUGAAUAUGGCAACAGAGAAGUUCCAGAAUAUCAUUUGGCAAGUCAUCAAAGAUUGCCCAGACGCAUACAACAUCCAUGAUGAUCUUCGUGUCGUUGGCGCUACUGACAAAGAACACGACGAGAAUCUAGAAAGAGUGAUGAGGAAAUUGGAAGAAAAUGGUCUCAUGCUGAAUUAUGAGAAGUGUGAAGUCGGCAUCAACGAGAUGGUUUACAUGGGAGACGUUUUGUCUGGGGAUGGUCUACAACUCUCAGAAAAACGAGUCAAAGCUAUUGUCGACGCACCAGAACCCAAGAACCAGUCGGAACCUUGGCUCAUCGCAGUUCUGUGCAAAGUUUAUCCAGAAUUUUGCAACCGUGUCGAGUCCUUUAUGGGAUCUCACGAAGAAAGGUGCCAAGUGGAAGUGGGGAGAGAGAGAAAGUCGAGCUGUUCGCGAAAUUAA